AUGGUAACUUAUGAUAAAGCCAUUUAUGCUACUCGUGGCCAUUCAUAUUACUUUACGUGUAUUCCAUAUAAUAAUUAUCGAGUCUUACAUUGGAUGAUCAAUAAAACAUUGAUCAACGUUGAAUACUCUAACAAGCAUUACGAUUUGGAAGAAGGAAACACACGUUUGUGGAUUAACAAUGUCAACUGGAACGAUGAAGGAAGUUAUACUUGCGUGGCCAUUAAUAGUCAAGGCAAUCGAUAUGCACGAGAUAAUGGUGUAUUACAAAUUUCAGUGCCGAUGAGAACAGCUGCUCCUCCAAAUCAAAUUAUUCCGAUCGAUAUGCCCUAUCAAAUCAAAUGUGAUGUACGCGGUAAACCUAAGCCAAAAGUGACCUGGUAUAAGGAUGGAAAGAUGAUUGAUUUCAAAACCCUCGGUCGAUUUCGGUUACAACAAAAUGGUUCACUGUAUAUUAACCCAGUCAAACUGGAUGAUGAAGGAAAGUAUGAAUGUCGAGGCAAUCAACGAGGGAACAUGAUUCGAAAAAUGAUCAAAGUCACUGUUGGAGAGUAUCCUUAUUUCGUCAUGGAUCAAAACAACGUUCAACAACCAAGUAAUGUUACAGCAGAAGAAAAUAGUACCGCUAAGUUUACUUGCUUAGCCAAGGGAAAGCCAAAGCCAAAAGUUGAAUGGUUGGAUCAGUACAAUGUGCCCUUAUCUGGAGAACAUUACGACUUAACUGAACCAAGUAUUUUAGUAAUUAAAGCUGCAAAUCGAAAAAAACAUCAUUCAUUUAUUUGUCGGGCUAGUAAUGUUAUUGCAAGCGUUGAAACGAAAGUAUUUUUGCAAGUCUAUGAAACUCCUAAAAUUAUAUCUCUAAGUGGUCCAACUAAUACUAGCAAACGAGAAGUCGCUGUAUUUACAUGCCAAGCAACUGGAUAUCCUAUGCCUAAAAUUGAAUGGUAUAAAGACAAUAAGCCCAUCCAAACUAGUUCUAAUGUAGUUACAACUGGAGCCUUUACUGAUUACGCAUUCCAAAGUUCAUUAUAUCUGUUCUCAGUCGAAUUAUAUGAUGCUGGCACCUAUGCCUGUUUGGCUAGUAAUGGUUAUUCACCUGAUGAAGAGAGACACUUAGAAUUUAUAACUAACGAACCUGCUACUUUUCUUAAAUCAUCAAACGAGAAAACCGGUCUCCAAAAAGUGGUUUUUGAUGUACAAUCGAUCAAUUGUACCGCUCAAGGAAGUCCAUUACCUCAAAUUAUUUGGAUGAAGGAUGGAUCACCAUUGAGUGAAACAGAACAAAUUAAAGUUCAAGUCAAUCUAUUAUCAACGGUAUCUAUUAAGUCAACUUUAAAUUUUUUAUCUUUACAACCAGCUGAUAGUGGAUUAUAUAGCUGUCAAGCUUUAAACGAGUUUAACGAUGCCCAACCGCCAACUCAAUCAUUCAAAUUAGCAGUUAUUGACUUUCCAUCAAGUCCAAGAGAUGCUAAGCUAACUAAUCGUUCCUAUCACGAAUUACAUCUUAGUUGGUCACCACCAAUUAGCAACGGUGGUGAUCCUAACAUCGUCUAUACCAUAAAGUAUAGGCCUAAAAUUGGAAGUUUCCCAUGGUCAGUCUUUACUGUCAUAGACACCAAAUGCCAAAUUCACAAUUUGCAAAAUGGAACAGAAUAUGAAAUCCAAAUUUAUACGGUUAAUAAAGCUGGCAUUAGUUUCCACUCGCCUGUCUUGGUCUUUAAGACAAAAGAAGUUUCCACUGCCUCUACUUAUGCCUAUACUACAGUCAUCACUACAGUCAUCUCUUCAGCUUCAACAAAAUCUAUCUCUACACAAUUUACACCAAAGCAUAGUGUUACUAGAGCAGAAAUACGAGCAACCCAUUCAUCGAUAGAGAGUACAACAGAAAGUAGCUCUUCAAGCCGAAAUGCGUUCUCAUCGUUUAUAUUGGUAAUUGGCUUGAUAAUAUCAACUCUAAUCAACAUUUGUUAG